AUGGCUACUUCUAGCAACCCAGCAGCUGUCACUCUGCUUGUGCUGCUUCGUCCCCCCUACCACUGCCUGGCCUGCCUACCUGUCUACCGGGAUUAUGUGGACCACGGGGCCUCUCUAGGCACCUCCGUCGUGUUCAUGAGGGCCGCCUUAGUUUUGAAUGCAGGAUCUGCCAUAUCCGAUCCGAGAAGCGUGAGGCGACGCCUGAGGCAAAAAGACUACGGCAUAGACGAGGCCUACCUCGCCUCCCAGGAUGCAACCUACAACGCCCAGACUGACGACAGCUCCUGCAACCACCAGUUGAGCCCUCCAGCUACUGCGGCCAGUCCUACUCAAGGACUUUCUGCUCCUGUUCAUGCCGACGCCACCCCUACAGUGCCACCUCCUGACACCAGCAGCCAGUCCCCUCGUUCCCAGCAGCCGAGCCCGGGAAGCGACAACUCUCCAUUACCUCUGGUUCGACGCCCACGACGUCAACGGCAGCGCCAGCACCAGCGAAGGCGUAACUCUAACUCCACGGACAGUCAACCACGCCCUGCAGACACCAAUGCUUUGGGCACCACCACCGAGCCAACCACUGCGCCGGUACCUACGCCAACUACCUCCACCCACGGUGCCGCCACCACUACGGACCAUCCUACACCUGCUUCCAGCGCUCCACGAGACAACGCCCAUUCGCAGGUACGUAACCAGCUCGACCAACCUCCCACUGACAGCACGCCUGCUGCUCCUCCAUCCUGGGUUAUUGCCUGGAGAGACCGUUUCAACUGUGCCCUCGACAUCGACAUGCUCGAGGUCAUGGUGGACGACCUCACGAACCUUGCACAAAGUAUGGCUCCUCAACAACACCCUCAACGUAGUAUCCACCAACACCAACGCCAUCCGCAUCAUCCCAGACCCCAGGCCCAAGGGAAUACCCGCCGUCAACAGAGGUACAACGCUGCUGAGGCCAGUAGGAUCCAACGUCUCUACAGGGCCAACAAGCACAAGGCGUUUGAGGAGAUCACUCGCGGCCCCAGCCGCUACUGUAACAUCGGUGAGUCCACACUCAUUAAUCACUUUACUAACACCAGUGGUCGCCGUUCUGUCCCGCAGGAUCAGCUAGCUGCUUCUCUCCCGCAACGCCCUCAGCCAACCACCAGUAAUCCUCUCUGCGGUGAGUUCACGCCUGCCAAGGUCGCCAAACGCCUUGCCAAAUGCCGGAACACUGCCCCUGGUCCCGAUGGCGUUAGGUACUACAUCUGGAAGCGCCUCGACCCCCAAGGGCACAUCCUUUCGGCCCUUUUCAAUGCCGUGCAGAGAAUCGGCGCCACACCCUCCACGUGGAAGACGUCCACCACCAUCCUUCUGCACAAGAAAGGCGACCAAGGCAACAUCAACAAUUGGAGGCCCAUCGCCCUCGCCAACACCCUCGGCAAGGUCUACUCCGCCUGUAUCGCAAGCCGUCUCCUGCGCUGGUGUGAGGAGAACAACAUCAUUUCCGCAGCGCAGAAGGGCUUCAUGCGGUACGAUGGGUGCUCCGAACACACUUUCACCUUACAAUCUGCUAUCCAGAAUACCCGUCGCAAGAACCAUGGGUGCCACGUGGCGUGGCUCGACCUCGCCAACGCCUUCGGGUCCGUGCCCCAUGACACCAUUUACACCUGCCUCGAGUGGUGCGGCCUCGACGAGUCCUCAAUCCAUUGCAUCAAGGCCCUCCUUGAUGGUUGCAACACCCGCAUCCGAUCAACUACUGGUCUGACCACUCCCAUACCCAUACUAGCUGGGGUCAAACAAGGGUGCCCAUUGAGCCCCAUCCUUUUUAACAUCGUCGUCGAGCCGGCACUACGCCUCAUCUCCGACCUAAAGCUGGGAUACCAUCUGCACAACCAAUCCAUAUCCGUCUUGGCCUACGCGGAUGACAUUACAAUCAUCAGUGGUACCGCCAAAGGCCUCCAAACCCAGCUAGACCUCCUAUCCACCUGGCCCCAAAACUGUGGCCUUACCUUCAAGCCAGCUAAAUGUGCCACCCUCUCGAUCGCCUCCAAAUACCGCUGCGACGAAGAUAGGCACUUCUCCAUCCAGGACACCACCAUCCCUCACCUGAAAAAAGAUGACCAUUACCACCAUCUGGGGAUACCGACCGGCUUCACCGUGGGGUGCUCCGCCGAAACUGUCAUCGACGGGAUCCUGACCAACCUAAAACAUGUCGACAGUUCCCGCCUCGCCCCAUGGCAGAAGAUCGACUGCGUGAGUACCUUUUUAAUAUCCAGACUCACCUUUUACUUAAUCCUCGGCAGUGUGCAAAAGAAAUCAUUAGGGAAGCUGGACAAAUCCAUCAAGCGUUAUGUGAAGAAAUGGAUGUACCUGCCGCAACGUGCCAGUCCCGAAAUCAUCGCCAUGCCACACGCCCAGGGAGGGGCCAACAUCACCCCAUGUGGCAUCCUGGCCUACGUCGCGCAGGUAAGCCAUGCUAUUAACCUCCUUCAUUCUAGAGACCCUGUCGUCGCUGCUCUCGCCGGGAACACCCUGCGUCUGGUCGUCGAAAAACGUAUCAAACGGCCUCCCAGUGACGACGACGUCUGUACCUACCUGUCCGGGUCUAUGGAAAACGAGUUUGGACUCGAUCCAUACGAUAUACCAUCUGUCUGGACCCGGCUGCGUAUGGCUACACAUCGCCUGAAGAAAUACAUCGACCUGGUCUGGCAACCCAACGCAGACGGCACUUUCAUCCCCUCCGUUAACGAAAAACCGCUCCAAAAAGCAACUGCCAUGAAGUUCCUCUCCGACGCAGUCAAAGCUACUCUCCGCAAGCCCGACCAGGGAAAAACCUACCGUUUGAUCGCACGUAACGCCAACAGUAACCACUUUCUACACGACGGCAGCUUCACCAGGUUUGCCGAUUGGCGCUUCGUCCACCGUGCGAGGCUCAGGGUUGUACCACUUCGCGGCCUCCAGAGAUUCGGCAACGCCUCCCAAAACUGUCGUCGGUGCCAGCGCCAUUGUGAAACCCUGGCACAUGUUGUGAAUCACUGUCCGCCGAACUUUUCCCUAAUAACUAAGCGCCAUAACUCCAUUCUAAAUAGGCUCUACAACGCCAUUGACCGCAGAAACCUCACAGUCUUCACCAACCAGAGGAUCCCUGACUACCCAGGUACCUGCUGUCCUGAUUUGGUCAUCGUCAACAGUAACCCAAAAACCGCUACAAUCGUCGACGUCGCCACCCCUUUUGAAAAUGGGGAGGACGCCUUCGACCGCGCCCGCAACGAGAAGGUAUCCAAGUACCGACCUGGCGAACUACUUCAAACGCAAAGUUUACGAUACGUUCGUCGACGCCUUCAUUGUUGGCGCCCUUGGCGGUUAUGA